CCAUUGUUUAUUAGCUCUUUUCGUGUGUGUAAAAGUGACAAUGUAGUCAGCUGUUAAAAUGCCGUAUCAAGCCAGACACCGACAGCUGAGCGUGCUAGCAGACCAUACCCGAACGUAUGUUACUGAAAUCAUAAGAUGGAGCCCAUAAGGCUCGGACCUUGCAAGCAUAGUUUGCUUUAGGCGGAACUGACUGCUGGCGAGACAUGCCAAGGAAUAGCUUUAUUGGCGCCAGCGGUGACCGCACUGUUGACAGUUGGGUUGCGCAAGCGCAAGCUCCAACGUUUGGGGAACCGUUCAAGUUCGGUUCGGACCUGCGGUUCAGCCGGAAGCCCUCAUCGCAACUGACAGAGCUGCAGCUCCGAAGCCUUGCAUACUUGGAUCCUGCAGCUGCGACUGCCGCACAGCACCUGCGCGAUCCAAAGCGCGCCCCUGUUGUACGCGCCCGCGUCUUACGCCAUGGCGCCCCUCUUGACAGCAGCAUGCAGCCUCCGGUUGUUGCAGCCACUGCUGCUACCUCCACCUCAGCCCAGAGGCUGGCCCGCAGCCACAGCAACUGCCAGAACGUCCCCCCUCCACCUCCACCUCUUCAUGUCAUGGCUCCUGGCGGCUCAGCAGCCUUCACGUCCACAUCGCAGUCCUGGCUGCAGCAGUCCCAGCCAUUGCCUACUGGCGCCACGAUCAGCCGAGCGCCUGUGGUGAUGUCGCAUGGCGGACGCGUAACCAAGGCAACCGGGCUGGUGCUGCGCGAGUGGGGCGCACUCUACCCGCAGGCGUGGGCAGCGGUGGGGCCGCCCGUGCUUCCACAGCAGCAGGGGGUUGCAUGGAGCUUCCCUGGUGGUUCCAGGGAGUCCCAGGGGAUGUUGGUGCGGGAGCGGCAGGACGUGGCGGACAUGCGGAGGGCUCGCCGCCGGCCUCGCGGCCACCCGCAUGAUUGCCGCUGCGCUGCCUGCUCCGCCGCCCUGACCUCCUCGGCCGCCCUCGGCUCCCUAGGAGCAGACUUCUCGGGCAGCGAGACGGAUGAUGACACGCCGGGUCCGGGGCAGUACGACGUGGCAAAGCUGGGGGCGGUGGGUCGCAGCGGACCCGCCUUCACCAUGGGCGGCCGCACUGCGCCGGCGGCGGCGGUGCUGGCCAAGCCGGACGCAGCGCUCAUACCUGGUCCUGGCGCCUACGACGUGCCCCGCCCCGUGUGCGAGGGCCCCGCCUUCACCAUCAAGGGCCGGCCCCGCCCGCCUAGUGCCCUGCCGGACGACCUGCCGGGGCCCGGACAGUACCAUGUGGAGGACAAGACGAGCCGCGAUGGCCCCGCCUUCACAUUGGGCGCCAAGACCAAGCGCAAGUUUGAGACAGACGCCCCGGGACCCGGGGCCUACCGCAUCGAGCGCCCCGUCGCCACAGGCCCCGCCAUCACCAUCGCUGGCCGGCCCCGCCCUCGCGCCCCCGAGCCCACCCCUGGCCCCACCGACUACCAGCAGCCGCUGCAGGCCUCCCCGGGCAGGGACGGACCCGCCUUCACCAUCGCUGGCAGGCUGGACAUAAAGCCAGACACCGACGUGCCUGCGCCCGGCGAGUACGACCUGCCCGCCCUGUGGAGAACCGGCCCUGCCGUUACCAUUGCUGGUCGGCCAGCCCCGCUCCGCGAGCCUGAGCCUGCCCCUGGCCCCGGCCACUACCACGUCCCCCCGCGGCCCGGGGAGGGGCUGCCCGCCUUCUCCUUCGGUGGUCGGCCGCAAGAAGCGCCUGGGGAGGAGGCGCCCGGGCCCGGAGCCUACUACAGACCUACCUCCCCUGGCGGCCCCGCCUUCUCCAUCUCCGGCCGUCCCACCAGUCCCGGCCCGACUCAACGCGAUGCCGCAGACCUGCCCGGCCCCGGGGCCUACCUCACGGACUGCGGCGGCGGCGGCUCACCCUCCGGCCCCGCAUACACUUUCGGCGCCCGGCCCCCUGAGCGCUCCCCGCCCGCCAGCCCCGGCCCGGGCGCCUACCGGCCCGAGGCAGCGCUGGGGCCCGGUCAGGGGCCCGCCUUCAGCAUGGGAGGCAGACCGGCGGAGAAGGACAUCCCCGACUCCCCGGGCCCGGGCGCCUACCGCCCCUCCGACCCCACUCUGGCGCCCGGCCCCGCCUUCACCAUGGGCACCCGGCCGCAGGAGCGCGACCCGCGGGCCGACCUGCCCGCACCCGGGGAGUACGAGGGGGAGGUGACGAGCAUGCGGCCGGCGGGGCCAGCGUACAGCAUGGCUGGGCGCCCGGCGGAGCAGCGGAGACCCGACUCGCCUGGCCCCGGCCAGUACCUGGACCGCGUGCCGCCCCGUGGUCCAGCCUUCACCAUGGCCGGCCGCCCCGCCUCACCCGGCACCGAGCCCGCCUCACCCACCGGCCCUGGUCCUGGCGAGUACGAGGUGGCUGCCCCGCCGCCCGCCGGCCCCGCCUACACCAUGGGCGGCCGGCCGCAGGAGAGGUCGCCACCAUCCUCACCGGGUCCAGGCGAGUACACGCAGUCUCCCGGUCGCAGGGGACCCGCCUUCUCCAUCGGCGGCAAGCCGGCGGAGGCGCAACCGGAGCUCACCCUCGUGGGACCAGGUGCCUACGACCCGCAGAAGCCCCUGCCCGGCGCCCCGGCCUUCACACUGGGAGGCAGGCCCAAGGAGCUGCAGCGGCCCUCCUCGCCAGGGCCGGGCGAGUACCGCGUGCCCGGCGACGACGACCGCGGCCCUGCCUGGACCAUGGCGGGGCGCCCCGCCGACCCACGGGACGACAGGCUGCCCGCACCGGGGUCCUACGACUUGCCCGCCUCGCCCCGCGGUCCGGCGUACAGCCUGGGGGCCAGGCACGGGGAGCGCAGCCCAGAUGUGAGCCCCGGCCCCGGCCACUACCCCCAGCCGCAAUCCCCCCGCGGCCCCUCCUUCACCCUGACCGGCCGCCCCGCCUCGCCCGAGCGGCCGCCCUCACCCGGGCCCGCGGACUACCCCUACAAGCAGGGACCCAGCGGCCCCGCCUUCUCCAUCAAGGGCAGGCACCCAGACGCAGCACCGGACGCCGUGCCCGGCCCCGGUUCCUACGGCGCACCCGACCUCGACCCCUUGGGCCGCUCCGGCCCCUCCUACUCCAUCCGGACCCGCACCCAGUCCCCCUCCGGCAGCCCCGUGCCUGGCCCUGGGGAGUACGCCUCUCCGGGCGCCCCCGCCGGCCCAGCAUACACCAUGGGCGGGCGACCCGCCUCCCCCUCAGCCACGGAGGGGCCGGGCCCAGGUGCCUACGUGCCGGCCAGCCGCCCCGGCGGUCCCGCCUUCUCCAUGGCUCCCCGCGUGCGGCUGCCUGAGCCGGAGCCCACACCCGCACCGGGAGACUACGGCAGCCCGGGGAGGGUGUCCCCCUCGGGCCCCGCAUGGACCAUGUCGCAGCGCGCUCCGGAGCCGGGUAGCGGCGACGGCCCCGGGCCGGGCGAGUACUACAGCCCUGGCUCCUCGUCAGGUCCCGCCUUCACCAUGGGGGCCAAGCUUAGGAGCAGGAGGAGGCGGAGGCGCAGUCAGCUGCCGCCCGACCCCGGGCAGUACUACAACCCGCCGCCGCCCGGAGGCCCCGCCUGGAGCAUGGGGGGCCGCAGCAAGGGCUUCGCGCCCUACAAGCCGGAAACCGGACCAGGCGAUUACGACGACCCUCGUGACCUGCGCACCGGCCCCGCCUACACGUUGCGACCCCGCCCUGCCCUGCGGCAGCCCGAUGAGGUGCCCGGCCCUGGCAACUACAUGGAUAACAAGCCAUUUCCCAACCCGCUGGGAACCGUGGUGGCCCGGCCUCGGCCCGCACGCGAGCGCGACGCCGCCUACGUGUCGUACAUGGCCGACCCCUUGGCAGCCACCAUGGGGCCCGGCCUGUCCCCGGGGCGGCGCAGGGUCACCUUCCGGGAGGACACGCGGUUCAGGGACUCCCAGGAGGCCCCUCCGGGCGGCCGAGGCCGGCUGGAUGACAGCCGCAUGUCAGGGCAGCGGGGUCUGGCUGUCGCCCCAGCUGCCGGCAGUACCGGAGCCCCACCGCCACCCCCACCGCGCCCUUCGGCCCCGCAAGCGAGCACCGCCCACACCGGCUACCCGCCUGCCAGGUCCUACCAGCAGCAGCUGGGCGGGCAGCCUCCUCCUCCUCCACAGCCGCAGCGGGGCACCAGACCGGCGUCAGCGGAGCGGCAGCGGCUAGGCGACCGCCGGGCAGUUGCGGCGGCUGCGGCGGCUGGGGACACGCAGGCGGCUGCGGAGCGGGCGGUGCAGCAACAGCAGCGGCAGG